UUUAACUUCCUUGUUCUUGUUGCAGGAGGAACAGUGGGUGGUGGCGACUCAGGAGCUGCACAACUUAAUACUGAAUCUCCCUACAACAGCAGAAAACAGAAAGAAAUGGAUGUCCCAAAGCAGCUUGUCAAAUUCACAAGCGACGGACUUGCCAUCGAUGAAGAAGUUGCAAAGUACCUAUCAACUUUGACAGGUGUGACUGAGGUAAUAUCAGUUUUUGGUAAGCACAGGACUGGAAAGUCGUACCUCUUAUCUCGCUUCUUUGGGGAUAGGAAUGGAUUUAAAGUUGAACACGGCUAUAAAGCAUGUACCAAAGGGAUCUGGGUGUGGGCAAGACCCCAUCCUUCCCGUCCAGACACCAAUCUCCUGCUGCUGGACACUGAGGGGACAGAUGACGUUGAAGGUGGAGUCCUUCAAGAUAAACAGAUAUUUGUACUGACUUCACUUCUCUCCAGCAGUCUGAUCUACAAUACAAUGAAAUCCUUAAGCAGAAGUGACACCAGAGAUAUCAUUGAACUUCUGCAGGCAGUGAGAGAAAUAACAGUAGACAGGAACCAAGAAGGCAGUGGUGGUUCUCUCCGAGAUUAUCUUCCAAACCAUUUCUGUUUCGUGAUUCGAGAUUGCCAGUUUGAAGAUUGUGAAAAAGAGGAAUUUCUGAAACAUGUGCUGAUUUCCAUGGACGGAUGUUUGAAAGAAAAUAUUAAGGCAGCUUUUACUAAUAUGGAAGUCCAACUUUUACCAACACCAAGGAGAGCCCUGCCAGAAUUGAAGCCUGAAGACUUAGAUAAAAAGUUCCGGAAUGCUCUGUCUGAGUUAAUCACCUGUGUUUGUGAUAAACUCUCCACUCCAAAGACAGUUGGCAUGGAAAAGACACACUGCACGCCUGGAGGGAUUGUAGACUUGGCACGGUCCUACGUCCGAAUGCUGAACAAUAAUGAAAGUGUGUGUCUAAGAGAGGCUGCCAAAGAUAUGACUGAAACCCAACUAAACCAUGCAUUCAGAGAAGCCUGGGAUCAGUUUCAGAGUUGCGUGCAGACAGCCACCAUCGAUCAACUACCCAUGGAAACUGAACUGGAGGAAAUCCAUUCACAGGCCCAGCAAUGUGCAGUGAAGACAUAUGAAAAAUACACCAACUUUUUCAUUGACAUGCAGAAAACUCUGGAUAAGAAAUCUGAACUUUUGGUACUAAUUGAAAACAAUAGAGAGGUUCUCCUGAAAAUGAAUUGUGAAAAAUCUGAACUGAAGUGCAGGAAAGAGUUUUACAUGCUCAAGAAAAAACACAUUGGACCUCUCACGGACUAUACUGGCAAAGAGGCAUUUGAAAAAAUGAGGAGUCAGGUCAACCAGCUGAUAGAAGAAUAUGAACAGCUUUCAGGUAUGGGACCUGCAAAAGAGAAUACAUUCUCUAAACUCUGUGAGACUGAAUUAGUGGAUUUGUUGACAUUUGCUUUUCAGGCAACAAUUAAUUUCAUUGAACAACAGUAUGCAGAAAGGAAGGCAAGAAUACAAGAUUUUGUCGGAAAUCUUAAGAACAUUGCAGAUAUCAUGGAUAAACUUCAAAUGCACUCCACCAUAGCAAACGUAGCAGGAAGUUCUGCUGCUGUAGUUGGAAGUGUUCUAACCAUUACAGGGCUGGCACUGCUUCCCUUUACGUUUGGAGCCUCUGCUAUACUGACUGGUGUAGGGGUUGGAGUUGGUGUGGCUGGGGGGGUUACCACUGUCACCGCAGACAUAUGCAGGUUUGUUAAAAACAAAAAUUUGAACAGUGAUGUAAAGGAAGCGCAUGAAAAAAGUAUGCAGGACUUAAACUAUAUUGCAGAACUCUUGCAAUAUGUAUGUGACCAACUUUCACAGCAGAAGGAAGCAAGUGAUAGUAACUGGAUGAAUAAUGUAUUCAGGCUCUUUGCCUUAGGUAAUUUUGUAGGAGUGCUUGAUGACGUUUUAGCUGUAGGCGUUAGAAUAGCUGCUAACGUUGCCAGAGUAGCAGGUAUAGUGCUGGCUGCACUUACGAUAGUGCUGGAUGCAUAUGCUAUUAUUAAGAAGUCUAUUGAAAUCCAUAAGGGAUGUAAAACUGAAAGAGCAAAAGAGAUCCGUGAUCUGGCUCAAAGUAUAGAGAAAGAACUAACAAAAGUAGAGGGCUUUAUCGCACAAAUGAAAAAACAAAAAAAAGACAUCAAAUGAAACCUCUCUAGUGAUUCACAGACAGCCCAACUCUCUUUGAACUUCCUGGACUCUCCUUGAUCCGCAUAACACCCUUCCUCCUCCCGAAAAUUAUAAAAACCUCACGGAAAUAUGAGGAUAACUGUACUCUUCCCUAUCUCUUUGACAUGACUGUAUUUACACACACAUUAAACAGGGUGCUUUAUUUCAAUAGCGCAGAGUUAAUGGUUGGUUUCAAUGAGUUUCAUCCAAAUAUCCUUAGUAAUAAAUGUACACAAUAUCAGUGUUUACUUUUGGUUGAUACUUCUGUGGGGUGUUUUUUUUGGGGGGGGGGGCAGAAUCCCUUUAAAAAAAAAAAAAAACACUCUAGGCUGAAAUUGAGAUCUAGAUAAUCAAUUCAGAAAUAACUUAAAAUAAAAAAAGGAAUCAGCAUUAACACAUGUCAAAAGUUUCUUAGAUUCAGUAGCGCCGGGUCCCUGUGAAGAUCUCCCUGAAAUCAAUCAAUGAAAUCAAUCUCGUAAACUUGGGCUGUCUGGAUUCAUUCAGAGUUGAAAUAACACACAAUUAAGAUAUAGGCUUCACCUGCUGAUAUAAUUAAUAGAAUUGUCCCUUGCCCUAUACAUUAGGUCUAUUCAAGAGGCAUUGAGACAGGAUGCUAGAAGAGUAUCCUGUAUGCUUUGUGCAGCAUGAAGAUUACUUUGAAAUGUUUUUCAAUGCAUCAUACAUCUUGAUCAUAUUCAAUCUGCACUGCUUUCCUUUUAGCUUUGCUUGAAUUUAGUGACACAUUUUUAUACAUUUUAUUUACACUUAUUAUUUUAAAUCAUGGAUUGAUUUGCAUAUAUCGAUGUUUUUGUUUAUCUUCUGGGCUAAGUUUCUGUGAACAAUUUCUAAAGGGUAGAGAUAGUGUCGGACGUUUAGGAUUUCAACAGAGACUAGCUGCAUUUUAUUUUUUAUUGUUAUUUCUAUUCCAAUAUAUUUCUUCAUUGUACGAUUAAAGUGUUUCAUGCUGUAUUUUGUUGUCAUUAACAAUUCGUGGUGGUUUUAAUAUAGAUUCUCUAAACACAAAAUCAAGCUUCAAUUGCUUUCUUUUGUAGGCCAAUAUAGAGCUACUAGCAAAUUAGCAUAAAAAUAAAGAAUUGUGUUUAGAUUGAAAUAGAGCAAAUAUGUUACCAAAAAUAUUUUAUUCAGCCCUCUCAGAUGUCUGUAUUGUUUUUGUUAAUCAAUAAUCUACUUUUUUUAAUCUGAUCAAUUUAUUUUAAUAUUUAAAGAGCAUGAUAUGACAUUAUUAUUAUUUUUGCAUAACAUUCAUUGUUUGCUUGCAAUUAUGUUUGAUAUCAAUAAAAUAAUGGUAAGCUUG